AUGGCUAAAGACCGGCUAGAAACGGACGUAGCUCGAAUGAUAAACGUAGAACGUCGCCAUAAUGAUAAUACCAAUAUUAACGAUGGUAACACUGCAGAUUGUGAAAGCUUAAUGGAUCAAGAAAAAGAUGAGAAUUUAAUUUGGACCGACUUCGAUAGAAUCUGCAAAUCUCGAAAAGAAAUUGAUCCAAAAGCAGCGGCAAUACUAGAAGUACGUUCUUAUCUAGCAGAAGACUUAAUAAGCAGGAAAGAAAAUCCGUUGGAAUGGUGGAAAGCCAGGGCGGCAAUAUAUCAUCAUCUAGCCAAAUUGGCUCAACAGUAUUUAUGCAUAGUAGCGACUUCGGUACCCUCGGAACGGAUAUUUUCAAAAGCUGGACAGUUGAUAUCAGAACGAAGGAGUCGAUUGAAGGGAGAAAAUGAUAAAAUUAUCCUUUUUUUGCAUUACAACUAA